CUAAGAUUUCGUGAGUCCCUUAACCACCUGAACUCAAUCGCCGGCCUCUGCCGACGUUAAGGUCCCUCACACGGAGCUCAAACUUAACACCGCUUGGUCCCACCAGCUCCGGUUCGUGUUCGUGAACUCUUGGGCGCCCUAAAUGAACGAAGGUUCUGGGACCUAUGAAUGGAUGGCAUCUAUGACUGUGGGCGCGAAUAAUACACGCAACCUCUUUUUCCGUGUAUUUCAUUUCACUGCAUUGAAACAUUCCUUGCUCCGUCGGCUGUUUAUUUUGCUUGUUCUCGACUGUUGAGAAAUGACCUUAAGGCCCAAUAUCUGGGGUAUUUCUGGGAGCUCGACGGCACGUCCCCCCAUCAGCCUGUUUGCCUUGCGCUGCGGUCCGCGAAGGCGCGUACGUUGUCAAAAUGGCGUUGAACCCGACCCUCCCCACCGAGGACAUUACCCUCUAUGAUUUUAUGUUUAAUCGUUCAUUUGGGAACAAUCCCUGGUUUUUGGAUGCCAUUACUGGUGAGGCUCGCACGGGUGCCGACCUCAAAGAGCGCGUCGACGCUCUAGCAUUGGGUCUUCAAAAGCACUUGGGUCUUUCUUAUGCGUCGACACGUCGUAAUGAUCCAAAUUAUACCGUUGGACCCGUAUUCAGUCUUGUAUCUACCAAUGAUGUUGACUUUGGCACUGUUAUAUGGGCCAGUCACCUCCUCGGCGCCACCGUCGCGCCAAGCAAUGCCGGUGGUACUAUUGACGAGCUUACCCACCAGCUACGUCUAUCUGGUGCACAAGUUAUCUUCGCUCACCCAACAACUCUUGAACGAUCUUUGACGGCGGCUCAUGCCGUGGGGAUCAAGGAUGAGUGUGUGAUCGUCUUAGCCCGAGGGAGGUGGGUGGACCUCUACAGUGAAGGAGUCCACGUUGCAAAGACGUACACGGUCGAUGAUCGAGCAGAAGCCCUCUACACGAUUGAUGAACUAAUCGGUGUUGGGAAGUCUGCGGCCAGUCAGGGAGCAAUAAUAAGACGAGCGCCGUUGAAUUCGACACGGCCACGAGUUGCUUUCCUUUGUUUCAGUUCAGGAACCACUGGUCUUCCUAAGGCCGUGGUAAUGCCCCACCGUGCUGUCAUCGCCAACGUCCUUCAAGUUUCGGCUUUUACCAUCCCGAGAGAAUGCACCGCUCCAGGGGAUAAAUCCCUUGGUGUCAUCCCGCUUUCACACAUAUACGGACUCCUAACACUCGUACAUCUGUGCCCGUACCUUGGUAUUACUUCCACGCUCUUCCAAUCUCUUCCUCCAUUCGAGAAGUUCUUGAACAUUUUGGGGACUCUCAAAAUUAGCCACCUGUUCCUCGCUCCUCCUCUUAUCAACGCCUUUAUCAAACACCCGGCCGCUCAGGGUCGCGACUUUUCCUACUUCAAAUCGUGCUUGGUAGCUGCUGCACCCCUUGAUGCUGAGCGGGAGAUUGCCUUCAGAGCUCUCGCGGGUCCGGAGUUGGUCCUGGGACAGGUGUUUGGUAUGACUGAGACUGGCGGACUCACUGGGUUACCCGUCGGCGAGAAGCCAGUGUCGGGUUCUGUCGGUCGUUUACUUCCUCUAACUGACGCCAAAAUCACGGACCCUGAAGGCAAUGUGGUCGGAAUUGGCAGGCGAGGAGAGCUGCGUAUCAAAGGGCCACAACUCUGCUUGGGGUAUUUGGACAACGAGAGCGCCACUGUGGAAGCCUUUGAUAGCGGGGGAUACCUGAUGAGGUCGAGAUGCGCGAGGCAGAUCAUUAAAACCAAGGGCUUUCAAAUUAGUCCGGCUGAGCUCGAAGGUCACCUUUUCAAGCAUCCAUUUGUUAAGGAUGUAGGCGUGGUCGGCAAGCCCGACGAAUGCGCUGGAGAGCUCCCUGUAGCAUUCGUCGUUUUGAGUGAUGCUGGUCAAGAGGCAUAUAGAUGGGGAAGUGGCGGGGUGAAGGACGCCAUCAAGACUCAUGUUCGUGAACACAAGUCUGAAUAUAAAUGGCUCGGCGACGUCAUCUUCCUCGAGACUAUCCCUAAACUUCCCAGUGGGAAAAUCGUGGCUAGAGAGCUCAAAACAAUGUUUUAUCACGAAAAAUCCACAAAGUAGUCAGAUAUGCUCUGUUGCUCCCUGGAGCACCCAAGAACAAUGAGAGCAAGGUCCCCUGUUCUAAACGUCCAUGCACUCCAGAAACCUAGAGCACCAUGGAGCACCACAGUAACCUUGAAAAUCACUCACAUCAGGACAGAAUAACCAAUAGUUAGAUGUGUGUUAAAUUGGAACAUUGUGAGGCAUGGCUAGCAUGUGUUUAUCUUGUCAUACUCUGCUUACUAGAGUACAUACUCGCUUCUCUCAUUGGACUCUGCACCGCAUGACUAAUCGUUGUUGUCCGAACUAUUAUCAUCCAAUAUAAAACAAUUUACAAGACACCC